AUGGCGGCACUCGCCGACAAGCCGCCGAAGUUACCCCUCGCAACCCUCAACAAUGGGCAUCGCGAUGUCUUCAUGCGCGCCGUCGGCGACGCUCAGAUUGUCGUCGACGGCUUUCCCAUAUCCGACGUCGCUCGCGAUGUCUGCAACGUGUAUUUCUGCCAGGGCCAUCCGGUGUUCGAUGAUCACAAGGGACUCGGUCUUGGCAUGCUCGAACCGGCUCGCGGGCUCCUCUCCGGCUCUGAUGCUCGCGCGUUGCAGAUGGACUCGCAGGCCGCGAAGGGAUCCACAACACUCCAGCCCGGUGUCCUCGAUAAUGGCCGCGGAGAAAAGGCCGGCGAUCCGGCAACUUGCGAGCUCAGCCUCCAAUUGCAGUGGGGCAAGUAG